AUGUCGGAUCCAGUACCUAGUGACACAGAAACUGUUACAUAUGCGGUAACCGAGGAGCAAGGGAAAGCUAAUCUUCUGUUUUCAUUGGUUGAAAGCAUAGUAUCAUUGGUUGCAGUUACAUUUGGAAUUUUAGUAUUUUUUUAUAUAAGAUAUAAAUAUCCCCGAUUAGUCGACAGGGUCACGUUUCGACUUGCACUUGCUACAAUGAUAUCAGACUUUGGCAUUUGUAUAGCUCUAUUAAUCAAUUCAGCCUUUGGAUCACCCUUCGGCUCAACAUGUACAGGCGUUAUCUGGGCAUAUGUAUUUUUAAGUCUUACGUCAAUUUUCUUCCCUACUUGCAUUGCCAUCAACCUACAAAUCGUGUUCAUUAACGAGUACAGGGGUAGACGUAAAUUAGAAAUGUUUUAUUUCAUAGUUUCGACUGUUUUGGCCUUAAUUCUAUCAUUACUUCCGUUCGCCGAUCACAUGUAUGCUUGGAAUUAUCCUGAAGGUGGAUGCUUUUUCCGUGACUCGGGUACAAAAUUGAGUAUUACAUGGCAAUGGGCAUCAUUUUACGUUUGGGAAAUAAUUUGUAUACUAUAUUGUAUAAUAAUAUUAAUUUGUGUUGCGGUGAAAUUAUACAGAGUGGCAAAUCAAACAAUAACAACUCAUAGUGGCAAUCUUAGUGGUCAAACAGUGACAAGUCGAUACGAAAAGAAUGUUUUAAGGAACAAGGCCAUCAUAUCAUUAGUGGUUAAAAAGGUUAUAUGGUAUCCUAUUGUGCCCAUAAUAACUCAGGCACCAAAUUUUUUAGUCGAAACUGAUAUUUAUGUUAACCAGCAAAUCAAUUAUGUAUUUUUAAUAAUGUCUAGUUUCAACGCAGCUCAAGGUUUUCUCAAUACCAUAGUAUUUAUGCAAGAUCUCGCGGUUUCUAGAGCUUAUAAAUUAUUGAAAUUACAUUGGUGGUAUGAGCACGUUAACAAAUAUGAAGAAUCAUAUCCCCAUUUAUCACGUAAUAAAGCAUUUAAUCCAUUAGAUUCGGUUGAUGUUGAUGUUGAUCAUGACGUAAAAAGUGAAGAAGAACAACAAAGUCAGAAACAACCUUCUUUUGCUGAAAAAUUACGAUAUAAUUUGUUAACCUCAUUACUUAAUAAACCAAAAGGAGAUGUGCUGUUGAUCGAAUACGAUCAAUAUAUAACGACAAGAGAUGAUGAAGACAUAGAAUUGUCACCAACAUCAGUGCCUGAUAAGCCGGAUGAUGAUGUUGGUGGAACAGUAAAUGAUGACGAGGGUAAUGUGGGACAAUUUAAUAAAAAUGUAUUAAGCAAACUUGAUUUUCGUCCUGGUUGUGUAAACGAGUGA